UUAAGAUAAAAAUAAGUUCAACAAAACUGUCCGCGCGUAUAUAUUCAGUGUUUUGUUAAACUUGUUAAGAUUGUUAGACCGUAAGUUGAAGAUGCAGCGAAUGGAGUAGUAGGACUAUUUCUUAGACAAAAAGGAUUCUGGAAAAAUGAUACGUUUUUAAUGGCGAAUACAGAAAAGAGAUAUUUUUUCCGCAGCGUGGCUCAUUUUAUUACAGCCAGGCACUCACACUCGACUUAUAGAGUUUUCAAAUGUAAUGCUAAUAGAUUCCUAAGAGCUUCUUUUAUAAUUUUAUGCAUUUUGAGAUCAAGUGCGGCUUACAUCUCAAAUAGGAAUGCUUGUGAUAUUAAUGAUGCCUUAUUAAAAUUUGGAAUUAUUCCAGAUUUACUGAGAGUACCUCCUCUGCACGCAAUCAAGGUGACUUACUCAUAUGGAUGUUCGCCUAAUUUGGGGAAUAAGAUAAAAGCACAGUAUCUAAAAAACAACCCUUAUAUCAUCCUAUGGCCUUUUGAAGGGAGGAAAUUUUACACUCUGCUGUUAGUAGACCUAGAUGCACCAUCUCCAAGGUCUCCAACAAAAAGAGAAUGGUUGCACUACUUAUUGGGAAAUAUCCCAGGGCCAGCUGUCGGUCAAGGCGAAAUCUUAGCCCCGUACGUUCAUCCACACCCCCAAGAAGGAACACAUCGAUUGGUGUAUUUAGUCUACAGGCAUCCUUUACGCAGAAUCAAUUUCAGCGAGAAGAAAUUAGAAAAUAAAACUGACCCUGCAAGAGCUUACUUCUAAUCUGCAAAUUUUGCGAUGAGGUACAAUCUAGGAGAUCCGAUUGCCUGCAACUUCUUUUUAGUGGAUGCACCUGAGCCAACGUCGACUUUUUCACCAUCUAGAAACAGCACUGAUUUCAAUGCACACUUUGAAGGAAGGAGUGUUAAGCCAUCCCCUCCUUUGACCGAGCGAAACGGUGAAACAACUACGACUGGCGUGUUAUGGUAGCAUUUAAACGUAUCUUCCGAAAACUUGCCGUCCUGUUCAAUAUAGCAUAAAAAGCAACUUAAAGCAUAAUAAAGCAGGCUAGUGUGAUUUGAGGAAGAGAGUGGCCCAUUAUCGGCAUUGAAGCUUUUUAAAAUUUAUUUUCUAUUCGUCAAAACUUUUAAAUCAGCAACAAAUGGAUCAGUUGCGCUGGUCACAAAAUUGUGAUUUGAUGCUCGAUUCUUGUAGAUUAGCUAAAAAUAAUAGGAUUCGUCCAAACAGCAACUUUCUAAUUUCAAUAUUAACCGAGAUAUCGCACUUUGGACAAUCCGAUUUACGACUUCAUUCACCGCGGUUAUGCAUACCAUGAUCUCUUCUACCAUGGAUUCAUCAGUCGGCGAUACACAUUUGCACUGGUUACUCAAUGUGAAACUCAAAUGAAAGAAAUGUGGAAGAAACUAAGGGUGUCACUACUGUGGUAGAUGACGUUACAAACCUUUUUCAAAGCACGAUAUCUAUAUCGAACGUAAUAUGGUAUUAAUAUUGAACGUAGAGAGUUGCUGUUUGGACGGAUCUUAUUAUUUUUAUCUAAUCUGCAAGUAUACAAGCAUCAAGACACGAUUUUGUGACCAGCGCGACUGACCCAUUGUCUUAUUCACUAACGAGACCAAAAGAUUUUAGGUUUAAAAACAAUAAUUUUAGUUUUUCCCGCUAAGUUGUAGCUCGAGGUUCUAUAAAAUAAACUCAAAUUAUCAUAAA